ACUCAAACAGAAGCGGCAAAGCAAAAAUUCAAAGAUCGCUCCCCACUAUAAAAACCCCUUUCCCCUAAUUAGUCAAAUCACCACAUUCACUUGAUUAGGUGAAAAAUCAAACUGUUUGGGAGAUCAGAAAAAAAUUUCCGAGAAAAUGUCAGGGAGAGGAAAGGGAGGAAAGGGGUUGGGAAAGGGUGGGGCAAAGAGGCACAGGAAGGUGCUGAGGGAUAACAUCCAAGGCAUCACCAAGCCCGCCAUUCGAAGACUUGCUCGUAGAGGCGGAGUGAAGCGCAUCAGUGGCCUCAUCUACGAAGAAACCAGAGGGGUUCUCAAGAUCUUCUUGGAGAAUGUGAUUCGCGAUGCUGUGACUUACACUGAGCACGCCAGGAGGAAGACGGUGACUGCCAUGGAUGUGGUCUAUGCUCUCAAGAGGCAGGGACGAACCCUCUAUGGUUUCGGAGGUUAAAUCUAGCAUAUGUAAUAAAAUCCCUCCUUUGAUUUGGGGCUUUUGUAAAACUUGUUAUGAGCGAACAAAGUGUGUGAUGGUUUUUGAAUCUGUAAUGGCAUGAUUUUUAAGCUUGUUCUGCUUCAAUGAAUGAAUAUAUAGACUUUUGAUA